CCAGUCAGCCUCUUUUUCCCUCAACUGCCAACCCACUUUUCCAUCAACAAUCCAUCAACCCAUCACCAAACCCUCAACUACCAUCAUUUACAAUGGCUCGUACCAAGCAGACCGCUCGCAAGUCCACCGGUGGCAAGGCUCCCCGUAAGCAGCUCGCUUCCAAAGCUGCCCGCAAGAGCGCCCCUUCUACCGGAGGUGUCAAGAAGCCUCACCGCUACAAGCCCGGUACCGUCGCUCUUCGCGAAAUUCGUCGGUACCAGAAGUCGACCGAGCUUCUGAUCCGCAAGCUUCCCUUCCAGCGUCUGGUCCGUGAAAUUGCCCAGGACUUCAAGUCGGAUCUCCGCUUCCAGUCCUCUGCCAUCGGCGCUCUCCAGGAGUCCGUCGAGUCUUACCUCGUCUCCCUUUUCGAGGAUACCAACCUUUGCGCCAUCCAUGCCAAGCGCGUCACCAUUCAGUCCAAGGAUAUCCAGCUCGCCCGCCGCCUCCGCGGUGAGCGCAACUAAAGCUUUUCCGUCUUUUGGGAAUGGGGACAACAGGCGUUUAUACAUGAGUGCUUUUUUACGCAAGGGCUGUACAUUACACUCACGAUCAGGCAGCAGCUAAGGCGUAAUAGCUGCCUUGGGAAUUGCGAAAUAUUUUUUGAUCCAGUCAUUCGUCUACUUUAUUGUGCCACUUUUUCAUGUGCCAUGUCUUUGAGUUGUCGCGAUUUGGUUUGUG